AUUUACGGGGGGCUCAGCUCCAUCCGAAAAUGAGUUCGUAUAAUAGAGAGCGAGGAAGCUUCUUCCUCCACGCUCAUAUAUAUCCCACUAGCACAGUGCAGCUCGUGCCGGACGAGAAAGAAGGACGGAGGGAGAGGCAGUUAGGUCGCUGAAUCUGAACGGAACACUCUGAAACGCCCACGCCCUGACUGCUCAAAAUCCUCCAUUUAACCCCUACCUCAAAUUUGAGCAACUUCGGUGCAAAUUCUCCGAGACAUGGGCGAAAUUCCCGAACCAGAGGUUCCCAAGCCCACGCCGGAGCCGUCGUCGUGGCUCAGCCUGAGAGUCUUCUACCUGCGGCUGAGCAGGUGCGAGGUGGACGAAUCCAUGCUGGACACCCUGACCAUCACCCACGCCCCGCUCACCUCCGACACCGUCCUGGAGGUGAACGGCGACAGGCCAAGAAGCACCGGCAACCACCACGGCCACGUCUCGUGCCCCCUCCGCAGGGACCGCGUGGACGCCGCGUCGCGCGAGGCCUCCUUCGUCAGCACGGCGACCGUGAGGAUGGCCGGGAGCGUGCGCUUCGAGGUCCGCGUCGGCGGCGGCGAGAGGCUCCUCGUGGGGAUCAUGGAGAUGUGCGACGUGGCGGAGGAGAAGAAGGGGUGGGUCAUGAAGUGCCAGGUCGCCAUGCAGCGGUGCUCGGGGUUCCUGAAAGGCGGCGGGGAGGAGGGUGCCAAGUCGCCGAUGGUCGAGGUGUACGUGGCGAGCCUGUUCCGGGGCAACCCGGUCGUGUUCACCAAGGCGAUGAAGCUGCGGCUCAGGAGGACGCGCCAGGUCAAGGCGCCGUUCAUGGAGCCCAUCCCCGAGUGCGGCGAGCACGCCGGCGACGACGCGAAAGAAACGCCGUCUGACCAGAAGCAUGAUCCACAGGAAUCGGAGUACAGGUGCUACAAGCCGGAGCCGGCCAUGGACGACGUCGACUACGACAGCUUGUACAUGGGAUCGGCGGGGCUGGAAGGCGGGGACAGCGAGCUCUCGUGGUUCACGGCCGGCGUCAGAGUGGGCGUGGGCAUCAGCCUGGGCAUCUUCCUCGGCGUCGGCAUCGGCGCUGGACUCCUGGCCCGUUCCUACCAGUCCACCUCCAGGAGUAUGAGGCGGCGGCUGAUCUCCGGCCUGCUCUGACUAUGAACGGCGGCAUUCCAGCAUAUCACGGAGCCAGCUGGGCACAGCAACUCUGUUUCUCUCCAGACGUGACGCGCAUGGAGAUUACUCUGUUGUCUGCUGGAUGUGUUUGUACACCCUUCUGCCUGUUAUAUAGAAGCACUAAUAUUGCUACUAAGAAUGCUGCAGUCGUGCACUAA